ACAGCCAAUAAAAACGGGUAGAAACCCAUCUGGGGUUCAAGUCACAGAAGAGUGGAAGGAUACUGCGAUAUUAGAAUUCCAUAAACAGAAGACCCAAUUCUAGGGAAGGUAGGGAAACAAAAUGCAGGGGCUGUACAGAGAGUACCCCAACAGCCAAUCCUAGCCCCAGGCGUGGCCGGAUGUGGUCAUAGAGAACCAGCGACCAAUAGCAGAGAGGGACGUGAAAGGGGUGACGGCAGCCAGCAACGGGGGCAAACAGUCGACCUCGGGUGGGGACAGGGUAAAGACGUGUCCUCAGUUGGGUGUCGCAGCCCCUGCCAGAGCCACGGCCCAUCCCGCUAACUGCCGCGGAACACCAUAGGAACUGCCGGUGAAAUAUGGAGGCCUCAAAGAGUGAACGGCAGCGGAUCAUUCGUCGCCAUCGCCACGAGAAGAAAGAGCUUCAAGCUCACAUUCAGGCCAUGAAAAACGACAUUCCUAGAAGCGAUAAAAAGCGAAGAAAGCAGAUGCUGCUAGAAGUGGCCCGCUUAGAGGCGGAGAUAGAACGAAAACACCAGCAGGAGAUACAGGGAUUCGACCAGAGCCCUGCCGGCCCCGCCGAUGUCGAUACGAUCACGGAAGACCUGGCCAAGAUGGAUCUGGAGAACCAGCCACCUUUCGUGUCCAGAGCUCAGCGAAGGCGUGAACGAAAGGCGGCCAUCGAGCGAGAGCGACGGGAGAGGAUCCGCGUACAGGAAAGGGAACGUACGGCCAGCUAUGGUCGUGAAGAGGAAGCGAAGCUGGCCACCAUCCUGCUCGCCAAGAAUCUGGAGAUGAAGUACAUCCCAGCCGACGGCCACUGCAUGUACCGCGCUGUGCAGCACCAGCUGCCAGUAUUUGUGACUGUGGCCAGCCUGCGCCGCAGCACUGCAGAAUAUAUGCAACAUCAUGUUGACGAGUUCCUGCCGUUUUUUAGCAAUCCCGACGGCCACACCUGUACCCGCAAAGACUUCCUCAAAUACUGCGAGGAUAUCGACAGAUGUGCAUCCUGGGGAACCCAAAUCGAACUGCGAGCCCUGUCGCACAUCCUGCAGACACCCAUCGAGGUGAUCCAGGCCGAUUCGCCCAUCAUCACUAUCGGAGAGGAGUACAACAAGAAGCCUCUCAUCCUCGUCUACCUCCGCUACGCCUGCGACAUAGGAGAACAUUACAAUUCCGUAAGAUCUAUUGAGGUCAAAGGCACAGAAGCCGAGGGCGCCAAAGCCAAAGGAGCUGAAGCCGAGGGCGCCGGAGUCGAAAGCACUGACGCCUUGGGUGACGAAGCUGCAGGCGCUGCAGCCGCGGAUGACGCAGCGGCCAUGAUGCCUCGCUACUUCUAG